UAUUAUGUUUACUUAAAAGGUGGAAUCGAGAAAGGAACAUCAGGCUUGACCUCUCAUUGCCUGUCCAUGGGCAUCAAAGCAAGACAAAAAACUUAAAUUCCAUUGGCAUUACAAAAAAAGGUUAUGCAAAGGGUGAAUGGAGCAGAGUAAUGACCCACAGGAGAUGAUAUUCAAGGUUUUAUCUGUAUACCACGGAGCUUAUCAUUAUUUAAACAUUACACUGAUCCUGGGGCAGCAUGGAAAUACUUGGAAUAAUUGUCUGUUCUCGGGUAUAAAAAGAGGGGCUGGCUUGCACAGCAGCAGAUAGAACUUCUGGAAGCUUUUCACAACCAUCAAAAUGUAUGGCCAGUUAAAGAGGGGGAGCUCCGUAAAAGCUGGCCACAUACAGGUCAGCAGCCUCAGCGGUGGAAGCUACAAAAAGGUAUCGGUGGGUGGGUAUGCAUCUAGUGUAUAUGCUGGGGCUGGGGGCUUGGGCCACAGGAUUUCUUCGGGUUUACAUUACGGAGGAAGCGGCAGAGAGAUGCCGAUCAUGGGAAAUGAGAAGGAAACCAUGCAGAUCCUGAAUAACCGCCUGUCCACGUACCUAGAGAAAGUCCGUUCCUUAGAGAAGGCCAAUGGUCAACUGGAGGUACAGAUCAGAGACUGGUACAGAGAAAACCAUGGCGCCAGUGAAAGAGAAGACAGUUCUUACUUCCAAACUAUAGAAGAGCUGAGAAAAAAGAUUGAAGAUGCCAAAAUGGAAAAUGCCAGCAUUUUGCUGCAGAUAGACAAUGCCAGGCUAGCUGCUGAUGACUUCAAACUCAAGUUUGAGAAUGAAAGGACUCUCUGUAAUUCAGCAGAACACGAUGUUUAUGAGCUGCGCAAAUUAAUUGAUCAGCUGACUAUCACAAGAGCAGAUUUGGAAACACAGAUAGAGAAUCUGAAUGAAGAAUUGGUUUUCCUGAAGAAGAACCAUUCUGAAGAGAUGAGUGAGCUUCGUAAAAAAUCAAAUGUCAAUAUUGAAGUAGAAGUGGAUGCCAUCGCUCCUGUGGAUCUUGCUAAACUUAUGGAUGACAUGAGGGCACAGUACGAGCAGCUCGUCGAAACACACCGUAAAGAAGCUAAAUAUUGGUUUGAGAAAAAGGUGGAGGAGUGGAAUGAAGAAAUACACAUAAGUACGACUGAAUUAGAAACGUCUAAGAAAGAAUUAACAGAACUUAGACGUAAAAAACAAGACCUGGAAAUAGAAUCACAGACCGAGUCGAGUAAGAAAUCUGCGAUGGCCGUCACUUUGGAGAAUGUUAACACUCAGGUUUCAGCUCGACUAUCAGACGUACAAGAUAACAUUGCUACUAUUGAGGCCCAGUUGCAUCAAAACAGAGAUGAGAUUACAAAGCAGAUCUUUGAAUUCGGGCUUCUCUUUGAUUUGAAAACUCGACUGGAGGCUGAGAUUGCCACCUACCGCAGCCUUUUGGAAGGAGAAGAAGUCAGAUUCAAUUCCACAUCUUAAAAGAUAUUUGGAAAAAGCAAA